GGAUCGAACAAGACGUGUGGUGCGGUUCUGUGGUCGAUUCGAACAAAAACGUGUACGAUGUCGCCAUGCGUGCGGCGUAAUGUGUGGAAAGGGUUAAUUGCUGUGACCACGUUCGUGUUUGUGUGAAUAUAUUAUUCUGCUCCUGGGCCGUUCCUCCAGCUAUAGUCCUGUGGUUGCACCAUCGAGUGCAUAAAAGUGCAAUUAUCGAUUGCCGCUAGUGUAUGGUGUGUUAAUACGAGCUGCUGCCAGAAUCUCGAAUUCGCAUCUUCCCCUUGUGUGACAUCCACUUUUCUCCUCCUUCCGGCUCGAGAGAAAGCACGCGCACUAGAUAGAUAACGAGUGUUCCGUGACAGCGAUUUUCGACAUUUUUGGUUCGGGAUACGGUGAUAAGAACGCCAGACGCUAAAAAAGACAAAAUGCCCAUCGCUUUAGACGAGACGCAUUUCCAUCACCCACCACCACCGGCAGCAUCCGUACCGAUGGCAGCUACGGAACCGUCAUCUCCACCGGUUCCGAUCCCGAUGGUGCUGAUGGAUGUCUCCCGCUCCGUGACGAAUGGAACGGGCAACAGCAACGGCGGAGUAACUCCAUCCAAGCAGCACCUAGCAACCUGGCGUAGCAACGGAGGGAUGCUGGACUCCUCUCGCUCACCAUCGGUCGGGGAAACCUUCGUUUCUGCAGCUGCCUCCGCCUCAUCCGCCGUGCAUAGUGAUGGCAGUGACUCCGAAUCCGGCACCGACGGACCGGAGGAGGAGGAAGUUAAAAUGUUAGAUUUGUCGACGCCGGCUUCUUCCGGCGCGUUCCGCUACAUAACGACUACCACCAUUACGCUAAGUGGCGCCGGCGGAACUGCGACAAAGCAGCCGUUCGACAGGAAUCAGCUGGUCGCCAGUCCGGGUCAAGAUUCGGGCCGCAGCGAAAGCGUACGGCAAUCAGGUGGGAUGCAAGGUGAAACACAUCGGGAAACGUACAUCUCUCGCUGGGAGGGCCCUUCAUCAUCCGGUGCUUCAUCGAUCGCGCUGUCCGUCGACGCUAAAGACGAUUUAACGAUGCGAGAGCUGAACGAACGUUACAUCAGCAUUACGGUGGUACCGGAGAAAAAGGGUAUUCUUCUAAAGCAUUCAGAGUAUGAGAUCAAGCUGAAAGGAUCAGAAAAACCAGUACGCCGACGCUACAAAGACUUCGUGACGCUGCACGCCUAUCUGGCCGAGAAGUACCCGUACAGGGCCCUACCAGCGCUGCCACCCAAACAGCUGAUCGUGGAUUCAAUUGAGCAGCGUCGUCGUGGACUACUCGCUUGGUUAACAUUUGUGGCACAGCAUCCAGCCCUUCGCCAUUCAGCGAUCCUGAGUAUCUUCCUGAAGGACACUACCACCGAUUACCGGUAUAGGAUGUGCGUAGCGUACGAGAAGCAGAUCGACGAGUUUGCCCGGCUACGGGAAAAUGUAACGCUACCGGCCAUCGAUGUGGAUACGGUGAUCGAAGCAAGAGCACGGCUACGCUGCGCACAUAGUGCCGUUGCUCGGUUGAUGAAGCUCAUGGAUCACGACACGGUGCGCACCGAGAAGCAGGCACACGAUCGGGGUGAAAUUGAUCGAAUCCUGAGUAACGAACUGUGUGGAGUGUUUGGUGAGCGGUACUUCGAGGAUAUUUCGGUGGGUUUGCGAGGAGCCACCAUGGAAGGUGAAAGAUAUGUGCAGGCACAGCAUCGUGCCGUCAUCGAACGGCUGCACCUGCUGCUGGAUGCGCUUUAUGCACACAGUGAUCUGUGCGAUCGCGUUGAAAAAGGUGUCAUGACCGAAUAUCAGAAAGCUCUCUUGAAAACGGAAACCGGCGGAUGCGAUGUACAGCUUGAACGGCGGGCAGCCUAUGCUUUCUGCUGCAUUCGCAGUGAAACCGAACUGAUUCAACGGGAGCUUGACUCGUUGGGAUCGAUUCUACUGUCGUACGCUCACGAAGAACAACAGCAUCACCAGAAGAUGGCCAAAAUUUGGCAUCAGCUUAUAGUGACCGAAUCCGGUAAGCUUAUCUGAGCAAAGGAUACAUUCAAUCAAGGAUGUAACAAACGUAGGAUGGAUGUCAAUCCUUACUUCCACUUGCGAUAACAAUAAGCGGC